AAUCAAUCAUAUAUACCACUGACAUUCCAUAGUAUAUAUAUAUAUAUAUACACAUAUAUGGAGUACAUAUUUCAACAGCACCAAGUCAUUGAAAAUUGAGUCUUUGUCAUUCUUGAUCAAGUAACAAAGACAGAACAACCAUGUCUCCAAGAAUGACAGUUUUGUUAGUUAUUUUCCUCCACAGCUAUGUAGCCUUGGCCUCUGAUCCUGAUGCAGUCCAAGACUUCUGCAUACCUAGCUCAAAUCUGUCAUCCAGUGUCCACUGCAAGAACUCAUCAUUGGUCACGGUUGAAGAUUUUGCGUUUUCUGGUAUAAAAAACGCGGGAAAAUUUGGCAAGGCUAAGUUCACAUCCAUGGCAGUGACUUCAAGAGUGUUUCCAGGUCUCAACACACUAGGAAUGGCAUUUGUGAGGGCUGAUUUUGAUGUGGGGGGCGUCAACGUGCCACAUUUUCAUCCGAGAGCCACUGAGACUGCGUUUGUGCUGGAGGGGAAGCUUUAUUCCGGAUUUGUUGAUUCAGAAAACCGCGUUUUUGCCAAAGUGAUCCAGAAAGGCGAGGUCAUGGUGUUUCCAAAGGGCCUAGUGCAUUUCCAAAUGAAUGUUGGGAAAUCACAUGCCACUAUUUUGGGGAGUUUUAACAGCCAAAAUCCAGGAGCAGUGAAAAUUCCGUUAGCUGUUUUCGGAUCUGAGAUUAAAGAAGAGCUCUUGGAAAAGGCUUUUGGAUUGAGUUCCAAGGACAUUUCCAGGAUGAGGAAGAGGUUUGGUGCCAAAGGAUCUAGGUAGAGUGUUUUGUUUUGUUUUUUUUUUUUCACUUUAUACCCUAUGAUCAAUAAUGGAAACUAGUGAUAAUAUUUUGAAAGCAAACACAAGAAAAAUUUUCUGUUUCAGUGUCUCUAGAAAAUCUAAAGUUUAGAGGGGUAAUAUGUAGUGGAUUUCUUUGGUCACUUUGUCCCUUUUGCUCAUUCUUCCUCCAAUUUAUGAACUUUCUUUUUACAAGGCA